AUGCUCGGCUUCUCUUCGAGUUUGCGGCUGCUGCUGUCCCCGCUGCUGCUGCUGCUGCUGCUGCUGUGCUGCUCUCCCGCUGCUGCUGAGGGGGCCCCCCUGCAGCAACGCGGGGCCCCUGAGAGGGUUCUGAGUUUCUUGAGGCCCUGGGGGCCCUUUGCUGCUCACCAGCUUCCGGUGCAGCUGCAUCAGCAGCAGCAGCAGCGGCGGCAGCAGCUGCAGCAGCAACAACCCCCCAAAAUGCUGCGUUCAUUCCUGAGGCUCGCGAGCGCCAAAGGGCCCCUCCAGCUCUCCAUAGAAAAGAAGCUUAUGGAGCAACUGGCCCCAGAGUUCCUAGAAGUCAUAAAUGAGUCUGCUGCUCACAAAGGGCACUUAGGCAAUCCAGAUCCAAAUGCCCCAGAGACCCAUUUCUUGGUGCGCAUCCGCAGCAGCAGCUUCAGCGGCAAGACUUUGCUGCAGCAGCACCGCGAGGUGUAUGCAGCACUAAAGGAAGAGCUGCAGCAGGGAGUCCACGCGCUGUCUAUACAGUCCGAGGCUUUUGAGAAGUAG